AUGUCGAAUCUCAUCGACCCCGCGACGGGCCAACAGCUCCCCACGGAUGCUAUCCAGCGCGUCCUCUUCGUCGCCCGUCCCGUCCAUGUCUACGCCAUUCCACCCCUGACUUCGAUGAAAGGUUAUAAGGCUGCGGAAUGGACCGAACCCGAUCCUCGAACUGGACAGAGCCGGCAGAUCUUCACGGCCCGCCUCCGCAUUCUCGAAACCGCCAUCCCCGCCCCGAUCACCGCUGGCGGUGAUCAGCAACAGGAGCAAGUGAAGACUGAUAUUGUGUUGGAAGAUGCAGACAGUGGAGCUCUUUUUGCUGCGGCACCAUAUACGGACCCAGAGGCGGUAGAGCAUGUGUUGGACUCGUCGCGCUUCUUUGCUAUCCGUGUUGUCGGAGAAGGACGCAAGGCAGUGCUGGGCAUCGGCUUCGAGGAUAGAAGUGAAGCCUUUGAUUUCGGUGUCACUCUCCAGGAAGCACGGAAAGUCCUCGGUUUUUCGGACAGCACUGAAGCUACCGGGUCAGGCUUACGAGGCGCCAAACAAUCGUCGUCAUCAAAACCGCAGCCGGAGAAGGCCCUGUCAAAGGACUACAGUCUGAAACCCGGCCAGACGAUUACUGUGGACAUUGGCAGCAAACGGCGAUCAGCGGAGAUUAAGAAUACUUUCAGUUCUACUACCGGUCAGGAAGAUGACCAACGGGCACUGUUUUCCAUUCCGCCACCUCCUGGUCCUGCGACCGGUAUAGUGUUUGAUAACAGCGGCGACGACAGCAACGCAUUUCCUAUUUUGGCACCGCCUCCCUCUGCGAGGGAUACCCGUUCUGAGCGAAGGAGACCACGGCCUCAAUCUGCUUUGCUGGCGGGCCAGAAGGACGAGUUCGGCUUCGACGAUGGUGAAUUUGGCGAGUUCAAAUGA